CAUUACAAUGAUAUCAUAGACAGUGUUUGCUUCGUCGAAAAAAUCGUAGUGUUCAGUAAGAAUGGCGUCGUGCUGUAAAAUUGUUGCUUGGACCUUACUAGCCCUAGCAGUAGUGGGUGCUAUAGCUGGACUACUGACAUGGGCGCUCCUGGCGUCCAAAGGACCUGAUCCACCAGAACUAGUGGACCUAGACUGGUGGGAGGGAACAGUCAUUUAUCAGAUUUAUCCGAGGUCCUUCAAGGAUAGUGAUGGAGACGGUAUUGGAGACUUGAAAGGCAUUACAAGCGAACUCCAGCAUUUCGUGGAGUCAGGAGUGGGGGCGAUAUGGAUGUCCCCAAUCUUCACGUCGCCCAUGGUAGACUUCGGCUACGACAUCAGCAACUUCUAUGAAAUCCACUACGAGUACGGAACCAUGGCGGACUUCGAGGAGUUAGUCCAGAAAGCUCAUGACCUAGGUAUCAAAGUAAUUUUGGAUCACAUACCUAACCACGCCAGCACAGAAUCGCUGUACUUCCAGAGAUCAGAAGCAAGAGUAGAAGGAUACGAAGACUUCUUCGUUUGGGCGCACCCCAGACCGAAUCCAGAUAAUGAUACCAGACUGCUGCCGUCUAAUUGGAUCAGCCAAUUCGGUGGCAGCGUCUGGGAGUGGAGCGAAACUCGGCAGCAGUACUACCUUCACCAGUUUGCGAUUGAACAAGCUGAUUUCAAUUUCAGAAAUCCAUCUGUUAAACAAGAAAUGCAUAAUAUCAUGCAGUUCUGGUUAGAAAAAGGGGUAGACGGAUACAGAAUAGACGCGGUUCCUCAUCUUUUUGAAACAGCGCCUGAUACGAACGGGAUAUACCCAGACGAAAGGCUGUCCGGCAAUUGUUUUUUGAAUCCAGAUCAAAUUGGAUACACGACUCAGGAGCAUAUCAAAGAUCUCAUCGAACUGUAUGAUGUUUUCUAUGAAUGGAGGGAAUUUGUUGAUCAGCUGCAGGUGCAGAAUAAUUGGGAUACAAAGGUACUUUUAGCCGAAGCAUACGCGAACAUAACUAGGACGAUGCUGUACUAUGGCGACGAAAGCGGCCGCAUCGGCGCGCACUUCCCGUUCAACUUCGACUUCAUCACCAGCCUCUCCGCCGGCUCCAACGCCAGGGACUUCGCCUACGUCAUCAAGCGAUGGCUCACCUACAUGCCACACGGGCACGUCGCUAACUGGGUUCUCGGCAACCACGACAACAACAGGUUACCAUCAAGGUUCCGUACGGACAUGGUAGAUGGACUGAACGCUCUGAACCUGCUGCUGCCAGGAGUAGCAGUCACCUAUCAGGGGGAGGAGAUCGGCAUGAGGGACGGGUACGUCUCGUGGAAUGACACGAAGGACGUCAAUGCUAUUAACCAGGGCAACGAAGAAAAUUACAUGGACUACUCCCGGGACCCCGCCAGGACCCCCUACCACUGGGACAGCUCCACCAGCGCCGGCUUCUCCACAAACACUAGCACAUGGCUGCCGGUCGCUGAAGACUAUUUGGAGAUCAACCUCGCUGUGCAGAAAUUAGCUGCCAGGAGUCAUUAUAAGGUAUAUCAAGCCUUGACCAGCCUCCGCAAGCACCCAACAAUCACCCACGGCAACUACCACAUCGAAGCUUUGUCUGAUCACACCCUAAUACUAGUCCGGUACCUCCUUACCCACGACACGUACAGUCUGGUCUUCAACGUCGGAGAAGCAGCUGAUACUGUGAACUUGUCUUUGGUGGAACAUCUCAGCGGCUCCUUAACAGCUUAUAUUUCUAGUGUGCAUUCCGAUAAAGUUGGCGGACACAGUGUGAGCCUGGGUGAAAUCACUCUACAGGCAGGAGAAGCGCUUGUCCUGCAGUCAGCUCCAGCAUAAAUCUUACUUUAUCUACAAGUCCAAUAAGUAAAAAAUGUGGAAUGCAAAAAGUGAUAUAUGUAUAAAAAAAUUAAGAAAUGCAAUGUAAUAUUUUAUUGUCGAUAUAAAGUGUAAAUAGAGCAUAAUUUUUUGGA